CAAGCUCCCGGCAGAGCCCGCAGCCUCAGGCGGGGAGCGGCCUGCAGGGCUGUAGCCAGCAGCAGCUCCUCCCCCACGUCUUUGCAGCGAGCCGGCUUCCUAGCACCCGGGUUUGCACAGGCUGCGCUUCCACCCCCAGGAUGCCCAAAGCGCAGCAUCCCAAACUGCAGCACCGAGAUAGUCUGUUAGGAAUCCAGGGGUUGGUCUGAGGGUCUUUUCCUGACUUUUAAACCUUCAUUAAACCUCUGAGAGUAGCAAUGCUCCAGGGCUUGGUCCUGGGGGGGCAGAGGAGUGGCACGGGCCAGGUUAGGCAGGCCAGGAUCAGGUCCCUGGGUCCUGCACGCCAGGAUGGGGCGCAGUGCCACCCUCAGCCAGCCCCUCAUGCCAGGAUCAGGUACCCAAUGUGGCAGCCAAAUUUCCAGCUGUGGGGAGACCCACGGGCCAGAUGACACAGUGCCAGGGGUCAGAUGUAGCUUGCAAGCCAGAGGUAGAGUAGUGUCUAUAAGCACCUGGCUGCGUCGGCACGAGUCGCCGACUCCGCAGCAGCAGUCAGCCAGUACUUGCGCAGUUUCUGUCACCGCACGGUUAUUGUUAGCUGCUACUGCGCAGCAGUGUAGCUGUCGCGGUUCGUGCCCGGUGACGCUACGUUGCUGUAGCAAGGAGCUCCGGCGCGGCAGCUCGCUGCUACGGCGGCAUAGCAUCUCGUGGAGACGUGCCCGCUGAAAAUCUGGGCCCUGUUUUGUAAAUGAGACGUUUCUCUUGUGAUCAUACGAAUCCUGGAGCUGGGCCUUUGAGACAGGCACUAAGAGGGCGACUCCGGUGGUCAGGGUUGACAGCUCUGUGAUGCUUCCACCCCUGUGAGCGGCAUGUCAGUACUCCCGCCUUGCGCCAAACUAGAGGCUUGUUUGAUUCGUGUUUCUUUCCACACUAAUGUGAACAGGCUUGAAGAAAUACAUUGGUACCGUCCCUUAAAUACUGGUUACGCAGCGUUGUCAAGCUCAGUCAUGUUUUUAAGCUUUUCUUUUCUCCUUUAUUUUUUUUAACCACCUAUCAUGAUAGCAUCUAGGGGCAGUCACCGGUCAGUGUUAUUUUGAAGUUAUGGGCAAAUUGAUGUCUGUCUUCACGUUAAGCGCAUGUGGUGUUUUGCUCCGUGCCACCUGCUCUGGGAAGUUAGGAGCCUCCAGCUAUUUUCAAAGUUGUGCAACAGCUUUUGCAAACAGACUUGCUUUUUUUUUUGCCUGAGUGCAUCCUUCACACGCAGCUUUUCAGAGAACGGCUGCAAGAUGGGGAAAUCAAAAUCAAGAAGACAAACCUGACAACUGAAGGUGAAAUCCUUCAUAUGCCCUGGGGGCAGGGCGUGUGCCUCAGAUAAGCAAAUUAAUCAGCUUUAAACCUAUGCUCCAUCUGGAAUCUAAUGGUUAAGAACAGCUGCAAACUGAUAGCUUCAUCAUUUGGAUGCACUUGUACCAACAAACUCAGAGAGAGAUUGUGGUGCCAAUUUGCUGCAGGUAUUGAGGAUGGUUUAUUUUUCUUAGCAAAUUAUUCCUCGACGAAAGGGAAUCUGGAGCUUGGAAAUGGGAACCUCACUCAUCCCUUCAUUAUAGCAUAUGUGCACAGCGUUUGCCAUUGGCGUCCAGUGCUUGUGGAGAGAAAGAACCAUGAACCGCUCAAGAUACACGGGCAAGAUCAGGAAGCGCUUGGAGGAGGUCAAGAAUCAGUCAAUCCGGUCGACAAAAGCAGAUUUCAGCCACAACGAGAGCGUGAGAUUAGCCACCGACGCUCUCUUGGAUGGUGGGACUGAAGCAUAUCUCAAAACCUUGAAUGAAGAAGGGGAGGUGGAUUUUCUAUCCUCUGUGGAAGCUCAAUACAUAGAGAAACAUGCCAGGGAGCCAUACUACGCUAACGAAUCUCACACAGAUGGUGAGGCUGGGCCAAGACAGAAUGACGCUGGCUCUCUCCCAUCAGGAACCUACUUCCCUAUGAUCUCUGAGAGCAGUGAGCCAGCCCUGCUUCAGCCAUGGGUUACAGCCGAGAAACCCUAUCUCAAGGAGAAAUCCAGUGCCACUGUGUAUUUCCAGACAGACAAGAACAGCAACAUCAGAGACAUCAUACGCCGCUGCAUCACCAAGACAAGUCAGGUACUGGCUAUCGUGAUGGAUAUUUUCACUGAUACCGAGAUAUUCUGUGAUGUGCUAGAGGCUGCUCACAAACGAAGUGUUUUUGUCUUCCUGUUGCUUGAUCACAACAAUAUAAAGCUCUUCACUGAGAUGUGUGACAAAGUGCAGAUUACUGAGGAUCACUUAAAGAAUAUUUCAGUCCGAAGUGUUACCGGAGAGGUUUAUUGUGCCAAAUCAGGCAGGAAAUUCUCAGGGCAAAUCCAAGAAAAAUUCAUUAUAUCUGACUGGAGAUAUGUUCUCUCUGGAUCAUACAGCUUCACAUGGUUGUGUGGCCAGGUUCACCGAAACUUCCUCUCCAAGUUCACUGGUCAAGUUGUUGAGCUCUUUGAUGAAGAGUUUCGACACCUUUACACUUUGUCUAAGCCAGUGAUGGGGCUGAGAUCUGCGACUCAUACAGUGCCCUUCCUGCUGAACAAGAGCUGCACCGCUCAAGGUAGCCUCACUGACAGCAGCGACCAGGGAAGUGCCCAUACCCCUUCAGAUCCUUUCAGCAGCUCGUCAGCCACCAGCACACAUCAGAACAAAGAACCCCUGAAAACUCCUGUAUUCAGCAGCAACUCAACAUCACAAUCCCCAAUACACAGAGUUCACUCCUUCCAUGGCUACACAUCUUUUAUGUCACCACCACCUCCACGGAAGACCAUCCAGGCUAACUACUACCCACGGCACUAUGUCAUGGAUACGCCAGCAGUCCUUUAUAACAAUGCUAACAUCUACAGACCUCUAAGACUCAGACAGGAGGAUGCAAACAGGUCACGGUUAAAUUCAGUUUGGAGAAGUCUUCAUAAAACUAACCUGAUUACAUAAUAACCAUCAUCUUUUGUAUUGCCAGCAAAUGUACUGAAGAGUGAAGACCUAUUUUAGCAACAGCUUGUGUAAUGAAGACUUUCAUAUAAAAUGUAUGUAGAACACAAAGCAAGGAUGAUUUUGUGACUGCUUUUUCUCUUGUUUCAGAUGUUCAGUUCAAAUGGAUAAUGAUGUAUGGCUCAAAGUAAAAAAAGCCAAGUCUGCUAGCACUUAAGCCCUGCAUGCAUAAUGAUCCUGUUUAGGAACAAAUCUAGCAACGUUGUUUAAGCAUGUCAGUCACAAUCAUCUGCCCUUUGAUAAUGGUUUCAUGGAUCAAUGGGUUUAGGUGGUUGUGUUUUUCACAUUGUAAGCCCAGUGGAAGUGGAUUAAAGCAUAGUUUAUUAUUA